CGUCGCUCCUAGCGUCCAGCUUCCGCCUGCGCCUAGCCGUUCAGCUGUUCCUUGCUCUGCGGCACGACUGCCUGAUCCCCUGAGUUACUGCACUAGCCGACCAGCCGACGCCUGCUACAUUCGUCUGCUGUUCGACCGAGGUCAUCUGACUGUGAUACCUGUGUAAAGGCCUAGUUCGUUGCAGAGCCAUGCUGGUAUCGGCGGCGUUGGCACUGUGGCUGGCAGCAGUGCCACUGUUGGCGUACCCCGCGUUCGGCAUCAAGCGCUACGGCCGUAGCUCGGGGGUGUCGGCGGGGGCGGUGGCGGCGCCGGGGGCGGCAGCGGGGGCGUGGCCGCGCGCCUACUACGGCGACUACCACUACACGCAGCAGCCGCAGCCGCCCCUCGCCUACGCCUACCCGCCGCUCCCCUACUACUACGACCAGCCCAGGCAGCACCCCGGCUACGGCUUCUACAACUACGACGACGAUGUGGUGGCCUCCGACCCGAUAGAAGACAUUGAGGCGAUGCUGUGGUGGCAGGACGAGAUCCAGCAGGAGGCGGAGCGCGAACAGCGGGAGGAGGCGCUGCCCAUCGGGCAGGAGAUGUGGUUCGAGCACAGCAGUCCGCGCGACGACACAGCUGAGGUCAACUCGCAGUUCCUGCGCAACCUCAUUCUCAGCCAACUCUACAGCGACGAACAGCAGCGCCAGCGCGCCGCCGCCGCCGCCUCCCUCUACCCCCACGCGCAGCCGCCUCAGCUCUACCUGCACCCACAGGUUCAGCAACAGGUGCCGUACGGCGUGCCGCUGCUGCCCGAGCACGAGGAGCGCCUGCUGGCGGACGACGCGGCAGCCUGGGAGUACACGUCGAGCGCGCGCCAGCUGCCCUACCCGUACGGCACCGAGGAGGACGCGGAGCCCGCCGCCUACGACGAGGACGUCGUCGAACUGAAGUCUCUGGUGAAGAAGGCGCGCCAGCACGCCGCCUCCGCUUCCCUCGCGACGCAGAAGCGGCCAGAGUUCGCGUCAGAGCUCGGCCCCUGGUUCGAGGGCGGCAUGCGCUUCUCUGACAGGAAAGCGCCUGCCGGCGACGAGAGCCAGGCCGCCGCCGCCACGAGCACCUCCACACCUGCGCCAGACACCACGACGACGACGUCGACGACGACGGCGCGCCCCGCCUUUGACGACAAGCGGCGCGGCAUGAAGGAGGUGGCCAUGCCAAGGCCGGCCACACCCGUGCGGCGGCCCACUGGGACGCGGAGCGGCAGCGGUUCGCAUACGUCCGUCUACGACACCAUCAGGCACCUGCUCAGCAUGGAGGCCACGCUGCAGGAAAAGGAGGAGGUGAGCCGGCGACCUCCGCAGAAGCGGUUUGUGAGCAGCGAGGAGGCGCUGGUGGAGCAGUUGGGCGGCCUGCACAAGCCGCUCUCCACAUAGGCGCUGCCCGCUGCCCGACCCCAGCAGCCCGUGGCCCCUGGGCUGGGCUGGUCGCUCCGUCUCCCCACCGCCACGCAGUCCGCUCCCCCGUCUGUACCUGCGGGGGAAAUUUUCGUUUCCAUUUAGGUUUCCUGUCCGCAAGCGCGUAUGCUCCGACGUGUCACCGAGCGGCCACACUCGACCUGGCGGCUCUGCACAGUGUCCGAAACAACCCACCAGAUCGUGCUUCUCGUUGAAAGACUGAACAACACGGCCUAAAAAUGAAGCAGACACGCGAUUGACGACACGGAAGCAUGUCUAGCGAGGAUUACAUUAUUUUGCUUUUCUGUUUCUCCAAUUUUUCCUGUAAUUUGUCCUUCACUUCAUAUCAUUCUGGGUGACCACAGUCACGAGUGUGAAAGCGUUGCAGUGGUUGACACUUUCACGUGCGGACACGGCAGAUACAAUUCAUCCAUUUCGGUCCGUUGCUACUGGGAGACAACCAUUGUCUCUUUAUACAAUUCAUCCAUUUCGGUCCGUUGCUACUGCGAGGCAACCAUUGUCUCUUUCUUACAACUUUCUGGCAGUCUAGUUAUGCACACAAUUGAGCGGAUACAUCCUGCCUUUAUGCCACUGCAUCUCGAUAUCCGUACUUCUCUGACAACGGCAGAGAAACUUCUACCUAAUAUAUAUUGACACUAUUUUCGAACAAUUAAGUGGUAUCGAGUGUAUCUUUGUAUUAAUAGACGUAAUAUCAAGGGUUCUCAGGAAGAGAUUGUGUUGUUGUAGCUGAACUAAUGUGACUGUCUACAGUGGCUUGCUCUCUCGAAAUAACAUGUGCUCCAUGUGAUUAUACCUCUCUACGGCACGUUAACUUCAGUGUCAGCUUCGCAAAAAUGUUUAACGGGAGAUCUUCGGCACCAGCUAUUUGCUAUCAUUAACCCAGAAUGAUCUGAAGUUUAUCAGUGCAAAAUAAUUAGUGAUACAGAGCUGAAACUCUCUUUAAUUUUCUAGUGUGCCCUGCAGAAUAGCGCACUCAAAAGGAGUGUCAUUCUUUGCGAGAAAACGGUUAAAAAAAUGUUGUGCGGCAAAGUUGUUUUAUCAUAAUGUCCUACCAAAACCAAAUUAUAUUUCCACAUAUUUUGAUAAUUACUGCUAAAAUAUUCGCAAAUAUUUUAAAUAAUACAAAAAACUGAUAUAAUUAAAAGUCCAAUACAAACUAUUCUGCAGCUCUCUACCAUAAAAACUCAUAACAAUAGAAAUUUUUUCACUAUUAACUGUUUUACAGGUGCAUGCUUAAUUUUCCUUCACUCUGAUGAUAAAACCGUUUAGUCCAAACAUACUCUCAGGAUACUGAAUGAAAACUUAGCAGUUCUUCCUGACGUAGUCUGAAAUGUUCUUAGGUAUUUAACAAGUUAGAACGACAUCUCUCAUUCCUGUGAUUUCGCAGGAAUUCGCUUAAGAAAGAAAGUAAUUUUUCCCUUUCAUUAGAGCAGCCAGUGAAUGUUAUAAUAGCAGUAUUAUAGUGCUUUAGACGUGUUCCUAAGUCCAAAGCAAACAGAUUCCAUUGUUUGUGUUUACUUUUAUCGUAUGUUAGCAUUUCUUGUGGUUCCUGCGAAGUCACAUGUUUAGUUACUCUCAAGAGUUUGCAACCACUUUACUGUUAACUGCAGUACACUAUGGGAGAUUAAAUAAUUUUUUGCAAUAUCUAUAACGAUAAGAUUCUGGACUAAUCAUUUUAAUUACGUUUUACUACGGUUCAGGAUGUCUUAUGAAGACUGGUACAUGCUCAGUAACCUGUUUAGCUACGCCUAAGCUAUCUUUAUACUUCCAUUAACUGUUUCACCAUUAAUUAUUUUCUAGAGAUAAAUUUCUAAGCCUACAAUGUAUAUUUUAAUAGAAGACUUAAGGGUUGUACUGUUGGACGCAGAGUUGCAGCGUCUCUGAAUUAUCUGUUCCAUGCUUUCUAAGUUAUCACAAUAGAGUGCGAAUACAGUUUUCACAUAGUAACGUAUUUAUAUAAAAAUUGUGUGCAGUUGACUGAUUAUUAAGCACAGAAAUCUUGACUUUUUCGAUUACAUACAGCUUUAUUAUGAAAAUGACAGUUGACUGAUUAUUAAGCACAGAAAUGCGGAAUUUUUCGAUUGCAAGCUGCUUUAUUAUGAAAAUGGCACCCACUUCAAAGGUGCUAACUGGGAAAGCAGAAUUUGCUCCAUAUACACUAUGACCGGAUAACUACAGACGCAUCGUGUAUUUCUAUCAUUUCCGUCAUUCAAAUAUACAUCAUACUGAAAAUUUCGUCUUGUAAAACUCACAGAGUUAAUGUGUUGUACGUACGAUUCCGUUCAUUUCCAUACUCUCCUUUAAGAGGAAAUAGUCAAAUAGAGCUACAAAUAGCAGCAACAUUUCUGUGGUGUGAGCUGAAAGAUGAAAAAACUAUUAAUAGUGUUUUCUUGCACUUCUGAUGCCUUCUACAACAAUCGUAAAUUUUCAUUUCCACACAAGUACAGUACAGUCAUUUAUUGUACAACAGCAACUAAACAGUAUCUAUUUUUUAAUAUUUUCCCAAGGUAGGAAAUUGUAUCAGAUUUGUGAAAGACCCUCCUACUUUGCGAAAGCAAAUGUUGAUUCCAUAGUAAGAGCUCUGCGUCCUUCAUAAGAGGAACUGGAAUAACUAUGUUAUACUGUAUCAAAACUGUCUGAAAAAAAACUUGUUGCAAAUUAACUGAUGUCAAUUAGUCUCUAGAUACCAGAUUUAUCUAGCACAGAAGCUUCGAGUUGUUGCCGGUGUUCACUAGAAAAUUAAAUUAUGUUCCAUCGUAGACACUCGACUGCUGACUCGUUACGGAUUCGUUUUAUGCUUUUCUUGCUUUACUGCCAGGGAAAACCGCAGGGAGAACAAAGAACUGAAUGUCCGCUUAGAAUAGGAACAUCCUCAACACCGAUGGACAAGAUACCGCUUUUCCCGCAAUAAUCGUGCAACCCGCUUUUCCACGAGCAGUCUGAAUGAAACUACAAACACUCAUCUGCGACAUUAAUCUCUGGUUUCGCUAAUCAGGUGCUGUGUUUGUUUUUCUCAUCGCACAGUAUACUCCCGCUGUUACGAUUCUGUAUUACACAUGUGUAUGAGUACGAAGACAAGGAGCGACUCGAAGACCAAUGCACAGCGUAGCAUGGAAGAGCAGUGAAUGUGACGGAAUACCCGCGUAUCAUAGGAUUUCGUCGUUUAGAGGAAUUAGGGUAAGGUCAGUAUCACCACAGUACAGGAGGGAACAAUGACAGAGAAGGAACUUCACGAUCUGCGUUAUGUGAUGGUCAGUGCGCUGCGUCGCUUGGACUGUACAAAUGCUUAGCUUUCAUCUGAAUGUUGGAAUUGCGGAAAAGCGAAUAAAAUAUUGCCUCCAGGUUCCCGGUUGAGGCGUUUAGCGCUGAUACACAGGCUUUCCGUUCCAGGUGCUUAACAUGUUAUUAUGUUAGAAAGGAAAUGGAUAGUGUAACACUUGAAGAGAGAAAGAAGUAGAGAGGCUGAGGAUAAUCAAGAAGAAACAACAGUAUUUAUUCAGUGUUUUUGAACAAAUGAUAGUGGAUAGACUGCUCCUGUUAUUUCUUUUCGUUCACAUUAUAUAGAGAACAAGAAAUAUAUAGUUUUGUCCUGCUCCUGGGCCUGUCGAAGCAGAAAAAUGAAGCAAAAAAAUGAGACAGUGAUUCGAAGGCCAAUGGGAAACACAACCGGGAAAGGUUUCCUUAUAGUUGAGCUUAACAGUGUACCGAGGCGAGCUAUUUCGAGGCCAUCCAGGAAACAGUAAGCGGACGACUGAAGAGGCGAGAUUAAGUGGGAACAAAGAACGCCAAAGCAGCCCCACAGGGAGACGCCUCAUCUGUUGCUCCGAUUUCGUCGGCUUUACGUGCUCCGCAGACGAAACUCGACCGUCUAAAAGCGGCCGCUCGGCUCUGAGAAUAGCUAGGCGCGGCGCUCUUUUGAGGCAAGUGCCUAUGAAUUACGUACGGCGCGGAAAUUACCGAAAAUAGCCGCCACAGACCUGCGAGGGAAGAGGGCCUCUCAACACGCGAUCACUGGCGCAGUCAGAAUUAGGAGCUAUUACAGUGAACCAGCACCUUCUGCUGGGGACUCCCUAUCAUUUGUCAUUAAAGCGACCGGGCCUACGCUUAACGAAUUAACGAAUGCAUGUUGAUAUUGCAUAGCUCUCCUUUGAGGCUACAACUGGAAUUAGGGCAGGCCGCAUAAAUCGAUCGAUGGUGUCCUAAUUUGGUAAUAAAUUCAUAAUAACUGAAGAGACUACGGGGUCCUUUGAGGUGAUGCUCUUUCAGCAGGCGUUAAUUUAUGCCUAUUUUCAUCGAAAGUUAGGAGCUUUAAUUAAUAAUUUAAGUAAUGUAAAGCCAAGUGACCAUGUCUGCUUGCAACGCGUCUCCUGAUACCACUUUUCGGCCCAGAGGGUUAAAUUUUUGCAGGUGUAAUGUGUAUCUGCUUCUGUAGUCAGUCCUUGGUACAAUACAUUACGAAACCUCACUGAUAAUAUACUAAUGGGCGUGUAUUCCAAAGCAACGUUACGAAAAUUUCUCCGAUCGUCACAACUAUCUAUGAGACAGUUUCAGUCGAGAAACAGUAGACUGUGUAUAAUAAAAUAUGGAGGUAAGCCAUGAAAUUUUUGCUUUGCACUUCAGUAUAGAAAAUUCGCUGAGAUAUCUCAGUGAUCACACACAGAGAUCUAGAUAAAAAUUUUAAUUUUGCUUCUUGCAAAGGUAUGUCGGAUUUUAUAAGUUAAUAAAUGAUUGUUGUUCAUUUACAGUGCAUAUCUUGUUCGUAGUAGACAACCAUUCACCUUCAGAUGCUCAUAAUGUGCGUUGUUAUGUAACUUCUUCCAAGGCCUGGAGCUAGUGGUCAUCCCACUUUCGUAGUUCCGCAAAGUUAUGCACAUAAAAGAAUGCAGCGCAACGCUUUGCGCGGUUAAUGAAACAGUUCACUUAACGCAUGUACAUACAUGAAGGACUUAUUUCAAUAGUGGUACAAGUCCAUUUUUGCUCAUUCUGGGAUGCACAGUCCUAAAGUUUAGAGAGCGCUGAAAAAUCUGCAGUUGAGAUACCAGAAAUAUUCAAGUAUAUAUAUUCAAGUAUAUAUACUUACUUGAAUAUUUAUGGUAUCUCAACUGCAGAUUUUUCAGCGCUCUUUUAACUGUAGGACUCUGUAUCUCAGAAUGAACAAAAAUGGACUUGUACCACUAUUCAAAUAAGCCCUUCAUCUAUGCUCCAGUGUUAAAACCUCUCAUGCUGCUAAACUGGUUUCUUUUAAUAAUCUUUGGCAUAUAUGACAAUUUAUGAACUAAAAUAAUGGAGGCGAAGACACGAAUUCCUAGGCUUACGUUCAGUCUAUCGUCAAAGAGCUACAAAAUCAAGCACGCUCAAUGAUUUGCGUUCCCCUGAAACCACAUCUACCAGGCAGUUGAGUAAUAUUCUCUCUUUCGGUCGUGAUGGGGGAAAAUGACUCGGUAAAGAAAAGAUAUUUUCCUAAAGUGGGCGUCUAUUUCGUAACAAAAGAACUGCUUGAAAAAAAGUAAAGAUUAUCUCUGUACAGAAACUACGAACCUACAAGGAUCGCAUUUUUUCGUAGCGAGUGGGUGAUGUUACAUUACGACGUACUACGCGGUAUAAACAUUCUUGACACUCGUUUCUCUAAACUACAUCGCAAACACGCUACAAUAUUGCCAUCAUUAUGAGUGGAAUACCUAAUGUUAUGCACUGUAGAUAUGCAGCAACAGAAGUGACUGUUUUCAGUAAUUAUAUUGGUGCCUAAAAUUACAAUUCAUGGUCACGGUGUUCUCUGUAAGACCGAAGUGACUGAAACAGUUUUACCUGGAGCACAGUUCUUGCAGCGGUAGGUGUGGCUCUGUAGCAAACACAGUAGGCAUCUGUCAUUUUCCUGCCUCUAUUUAACGACACUCUUUCGCAGAUACCGAUCAAAAAAAUACCAUGAGAAGUGUCGCCGAGGUGAAAGAGUAGCUCCUCGUUAUUCCGGGCACGGGAGUCACGGUAGCAUCAUCGGCGACGAAAGAUCGACAACGCGACAUCGAUUCCGCCGGCAGUCGAUAGCAGCUAUGACGUCAGCGGGCGACAGGUGUCCCGGAGAGCAUGAUUGUUAUGAUGGCGGUGGCGGAGGCGGGGACGCGGGCUAAGUUUAGCGCCUCUGACGCAGGAGCACGGCGGGUCGCGCCCUGCAGGGCUUCUCUGAAAGACGGUGGCUGAUCCGCGAGUAAAAGCAGGCAGAGGGUGGAUCCCUGGGGGGCGUGCAAACGACUGGGCAGGCUCCGGUGUCUGCGCUGUUGGGCGGGACUACGCGUUAGAAGCAGUACACUGGGCGGAGGGUUUUAUAUAGCCAGUGCUCCUGGUUAGUGUCACAUCGUCCAUCGCAUACGACACUAAUCAGUCUACGACGCCUCACUGCCGAUGCAGUACCUCUCACAGCAAUGGAAGCGGUUUACCUUCUGUCUAAGUUGGCCUUUCUCUUCCACUGAUUAGAUGAAACGCAAAAAGCGCUAUAAAGCUAUAAAUGAAAGAGGACACUUACGCAGACAGGUUCCUUUACAGAAAAUGCAAAGUGGACAAGAAAUUGUGAUUUACAACAGAAAACAUAAUUCACUCAUUCUGUCAUUCAAACUGCGAUGCUUCCAUUCUAAAAAUGUCUCAGAUAUACUCCUGAUUCAGGUAGACAUGGCAAUGGGUUUUAUGCAACCCGCAACGUCUUAAAAAAACCACGCCCAAAUUUUCAUAUUUCCCCACGCACUACAUACAAACUAUUAGCCCUACAAAAAAAAAUGAACAGGAUAUUUUUGUAGCGAAAUUGAUUUAGUUAAAUUUUGUACUGGAAUAAGUCUUCCCUGGAGGGCACGGUUUUCUAUUUACUCAAGAAAAUCACUCUUUGAAAGUUUAUUUUGUAGGUUUUUUUUUUAAUAAUUCUAAAACUACAUCCUCCAGCGAAACGUAUUCCACUACAUAAAUGAAUUACAUUAAAUUUAUUACAUGAAGGUCUUGUCCUUGUUUUUGGGAUUAAUAAUAUUCGUGUAGCGAGGAUGGUUAUGAAACUCUCGCGCAUGGCUUUUGAAGGUCUCGUGAGUUGUGGUUAGGGGUGGUUGAACUACUAAAUGAAUAAUACCUACUGUACACUGCAGAAUAUAGGGACUGAUCGAAACAAUGGAACUGAGGUAGCAUACAGUAAGGCAUUGGAAGACCAUCCUAUGAAUCGUAGAGAGGUGCACUAUAACCAAGAUUUUAUGGUCUAGCCUUGACGAUGUCAUUGAGAGAUGCAAGCCGUUCAGGAUAAGAAAUCACUUGUGAUUGGAUUUAAUCACAGUCUCUCCCAUUCACUGAGACUUCCUGUGAGCCCACUGGGUGAGAUUCGUGUCGUUAAAGAUCACAGGUAUCGGAUAUCUCAGACGGAACGUAGAUGUAAUAUGGCUGCUGGAUUUAGCACGAGGGGUCAUAACAGUCAAAUUCCGGUACAGAUAUCAGGUAGGCCAGGCUUCCGUUCUAAGACAGAGGUAAAAUAAUUAGCGCCUGGGAAAUUUCCAGCAAUGACCCUAAACCGAAUAAUGCAAACAUCGUUGGAAUUGGCUGUAACCACACUCUGCCUGUGUCAGCACACCGGGCUGGACUCAUAUCGUUAAAGAAGGCAUGCGCCGAAUGUUCCAGUUAAAAAAGCGCUCUAAGUAAGAGGUGGCUACUUAACGCAGCUGGUCACGAAUGCAAAAGGAAAGAAGGAACAAAUAAGUUGCUGGCGAUUGAUUUAAGGACGAAAAGGAGAAAUUAGGACUCACCGAUCGAUCUUGGCAGUCCAAUUCCAGUUCACGUGUGAGGUAAGCAAGACUCUCGCCUUAGGACGGUGCCGAAAUAGUGUGCAAGAAAUUUCCAGAACAGACACUCUAUAAAGAGUUUUCCUGCUGUUGGCGAAUAGGGAAGGGACGAAAGGAAGGACAAGACAAAUGUUGGAUAUCCUGCAGCUGGUCUCCCAGAAAUACGUCUCUCCUGACGGUCCCCAAGCACCUCAGGGUUGCUUCGCUCGCCAUUAAACUGCAUCCUCUCUCCUGCCACGUAGACCAGGGGCAGAUGGCGGCCGUAGACUGCCGUACUUUAUUUUGGAGCGUCACUCCUGUUUCCGAGUAGAGGUAGCAAGUAGAGGAGAUCGCAGUCACUUGUGUACCUGCUUCAGCUUCGCGCAUUGUUGUUAUUGUGUGUGUGUGUGUGUGUGUGUGUGUGUGUGUGUGUGUGUGUGUGUACUCAAGGUACAACAUGCGUCAGUGCGUACGAGCGAGUAUGUGUGUGUGCGUGUGUGUGUGUGUGUGUGUGUGUAACCCUACUGCCGCCCUCUUGGACUCCCUGUGCACAACCCCUAAGCUGUCUUGCUCGACGACGAGUAAUCGUAGUAAUAGGAGUAGUAAUAGUUCAAAAAAAUCCUUAAACGUAAAUAGGAAACAAAAAAAUUUAUAUGCCUUCAAUUAAAAUCUCUUUUCCGCAGUGGAGGGGAAAAAGAACCUGAAAAACAAGACAGAACUCUUUGUACAUAUCCCUGCUUUACAAAGUAUUUUAUAACAAUAUUGUAUAUACUAUAUUUUCAUACAUUAAAGACUUUAGUGAGAGAAAACAGGUGUUACAAAAUUAUUGUAAUAGUUGUAAGAAGGUUGAUAAUAAAUGUAAUAAACUGUAUUAUAUAAAAUGUGCUGUUUGUGUAUUUCGUGUGACUUUAAUCUAUUAAAGUGUCACUACCGUUAGAAA